AAAGAACCAGGCUGUGGGUGACUACUACCAUCCAAAUUCCAAGCAAAACUAAUAUUGUUGGCUCUCUACUGUGUGUCUUUGUGUUACACGGCGCUUGCGCUUGUCGUUUUCUAGGUGGUGGUGGUGUCCCCCAUCUUCACCUUCACCAACACUCUCCAACUCUCCCAAAUCUCCAAUUUAAGCAGAUUAAAAAGCAUAAAGGUUGAGGAGGAGCUGUUUGAGGGUGGAAAGAUUGGAUUUUUUUGGUUUUACAUUUGGUUUUCAAGAGGAAAGAUUGGAUUUUUUUUUAUUUUUUUGGCUUCACCUUUGGUUGGUGGGGAAUUUGGAGAGGAAGAGUACUGCUGUGUGAUGGGGUUUUGAGUUGCUACUGUGCAGGAGGAGACCAUGGGCAAUUGUUUGCAGCUUCAUGUGGAAACACCUCGCAGCUCUGUGGAUCCAUUGAAAAUCAGCAAACAAGGUUCAUCUUCAGUUCCAUCUAGUCUAAUAACAUGUUCAAAUCCGACAUCACUCACUAUGCCUUCAUAUAGUGAAAAGAGUGCUUCUGAGGGCCUCCCUACUCCUCGCACAGAAGGUGAAAUAUUAUCAUCCUCGAAUUUGAAGGAUUUCAGUUUUAGUGAACUGAGAAGUGCCACAAGAAACUUCCGUCCCGAAAGUCUGAUCGGUGAAGGAGGUUUCGGUUAUGUUUUUAAGGGUUGGAUUGAUGAACAAAGUCUUGCUGCCGUGAAGCCGGGAUAUGGCAUGGUUGUUGCUGUAAAGAAACUAAAACCGGAGAGUUUCCAAGGCCACAAGGAGUGGUUGACUGAGGUUAAUUAUCUUGGUCAGUUUCACCACCCAAAUCUGGUUAAGCUAAUUGGGUACUGCUUAGAUGGUGAUAAUAGGCUUCUAGUUUAUGAGUACAUGCCCAAAGGCAGUUUGGAGAACCAUCUAUUUCGAAGGAGUAGUCAGCCUCUUUCAUGGGCGAUAAGAAUCCAUGUGGCUGUCGGGGCUGCAAGGGGGCUUUCAUUUUUGCAUGAUGCAGAGAACCAAGUUAUUUAUCGAGAUGUUAAGACCUCAAACAUUCUUCUUGACUCGGACUUCAAUGCAAAACUUUCUGACUUCGGAUUGGCGAAAGAUGGCCCAACAGGGGAUAAAACUCAUGUGUCGACGCAAGUAAUGGGCACCCAUGGAUAUGCAGCUCCAGAGUAUGUUGCAACAGGACGUCUCUCAGCAAAGGCUGAUGUCUACAGCUUCGGUGUUGUACUCCUAGAACUACUUUCUGGGCGUAGAGCUCUCGAUAGAUCAAAGGUAGGCAUAGAGCAAAACUUGGCAGACUGGGCAAAGCCAUGGUUGGCAGACAAACGCAAGCUCUUCCGCAUCAUGGACUCAAGGUUGGAAGGCCAAUAUCCGAAGAAAGGCGCCCAUGCAGUGGCAACCAUUGCGUUACAGUGCUUAGCCAACAACCCCAGGUCCAGGCCGCCGAUGUCCGAGGUCAUGGCAACACUGGAAAAACUUCGAGAUACCAAAGAAGUGAUGAAACUCUCUAAAGAAGAACAAGAGAAAGUAUUGAGUCCGAAACGAUCUCCAAUGAGACAUCAACACUCAGUUCCCCCACUGUCUCCGUUGAGGUGAAAUUAGAAAGAGAAACUGUACACCAUGAUGUGCUUGUAAAUCUCCCCAGGAGUCACAAUCUGGGAAGGAAAGCUCAAUUGGUUCACAGAAUUAGGGAAGCCCUGAGUCUCGAGAGCAAUACCUGAA